AUGGGCGCUCCAUCGCAUCAAAGUUCAGAUCGACUGACAAUCCUGUUUGCAAAGAAAAAAAAAGGAAACGCAAAUGUGAAUGCCAAAGUUGCCGCCCUUGAGGCCCUUGAAGCAUUGGAGGGACAAGUCAAUCUAGAUGAACCAAUGUCGAAAAAGGAGCAGAAGAAACUGGAGAAGCAGAAGGAGAAAGAUGCAACGAAGAAGAAUGCAAAAGAAGCUGCACUAGAGGCCCUCGACGCAUUUGAGACCGAAGACAUCGAUGCACCAUUGUCCUUGAAGGAACAGAAGGCACUAGCCAAGAAUCAAAUGAAGGUAGAAAAGAAGGGAUUGGUGGAGCAGGACGGGAACGAAACUGAGCCUGGUGCUGCUACAAAGGUGCAGAUGAGUAAGAAGGAGCAAAUGUUAAUGAAGGCGUUGGAGAUGGAGAAGUUAGACGCAGAAAAGGCAGCGCCGCAGGAAGAGAAUUCGGAACAAAAACUGUCGAAGAAAGAACUAAAGGCAUUGAAGAAGAAGGAAGAGAAACAGGCUGCUAAAUCUGCUGCAAAGGCGGAAAAGAAGCCAGCGAAGGAAUCCAGCUCUGCAGAAACUGAAAUUGGUUCCUCUGGAGAUUCCACUGGCGAGACCACCCCGAUCGCAGCUGAAGACAAAAGGCUUACCCUUGAGGACAAAAUUAGGAAGGAUAGACCUCCUCCUCGAAUCCGUGUAAUGGAAAGUUCGCAACCUGGAUUCGUAUCUCUUCGCUUGGAGAAUGUUGGAAUUACCUUUCGAAAUCAAGAGGUGUUAAAGGACGUGACUUGGGGUGUGCAAUCUGGCGAUAGAAUCGGUCUCGUGGGGAAAAAUGGCGCAGGAAAGACAACACAAUUGCGUAUUCUGUCUGGAGAACUGGAGCCUACAACUGGCGAUGUCGUCAAGUCUUCUGGGAGUCUUCGGACAGCCAUUUUGAGACAAGAGUUCGUUGACGAGUUGGUGAAGGAAAGAACGCUUAAGGAAGAAUUCAUCAGUGUAUUUGAAGAAGAAAACCAAAUCAUUAAAGAUUUGAAGGAAGUGGAAAGCAGACUUGAGAACAUGUUCAGCGAUGACACUGAUAAGAUGCAGGAAAUCUUGGAUCGAAUGCAGGAGCUUCAGCAGAAAGCAGAAGAUAAAAAUGUUUAUGUUUUGGAAAGCCGUGUGAAGAAAAUUAUGGAUCUCAUGGGGUUCACGGAAGACGAAGGAGAAGACCUCGUCGCCAGUUUUUCUGGAGGUUGGAAAAUGAGAAUUGGGUUGGGGAAAGUGCUACUUCAAGACCCCAAUGUUCUUUUGCUUGAUGAACCGACAAACCACUUGGAUUUGGAGAGUGUGGAAUGGAUGGAAUCAUUCCUGAAAGAACAAAGCAUUCCUAUGAUUAUCGUCAGCCACGAUCGCGAGUUCUUGGAUCAAGUAUGCACAAAAAUAGUAGAUGCUGAAGGUGGAAUUUGUACCGAGUAUGAUGGAAACUACUCGCGCUUUCUCCAAUUGAAGAAAGCUAGGAUGGAAUCCUGGCAAGCAGCCUAUGAUGCGCAAGAGAAGAAAAUAAAGUCAGAGCGCCAGUGGAUCAAUAAAUUCAAGGUCAAACAACCUCAAGCAGUGAAGCAGAGGCAAGCAAAGUUGGAUAAAUUUUUGAAAAGCGACGAGUAUGUCCAGAAACCGCCUUUUGUAGUUGUCGGGAUGUCACAUGCCUACAAUAAUGAUAUCUCCAACAACCGAUUAUUUGAGAAUGCCAACCUUCUCGUAGAAAAAGGCGAUCGUAUUGCUGUAGUGGGACCCAAUGGAUGCGGAAAGUCGACUUUGUUGCGUCUGCUGACAGGAAAAGAAAUCCCAGGUGAAGGUUCUGCACAAAUUGUUGGAGCAAACAUUGUAAUGAGCUACUUUGAGCAGAAUCAAGCAGACGCCCUUGACCUGGACAAGACAGUGCUGGAGACCAUUCAAGGUGCUAGCGAUGGCCAAUCCUACAAUGAACUUCGUGCUUUGCUUGGCCAGUUCCUUUUCAAGGGUGAUGACGUGGAAAAGAAAGUGCUAAAUCUAAGUGGAGGGGAAAAGGCAAGGCUGUCUCUCUGUUGUAUGAUGUUGAAUUCUGCCAAUCUUCUAAUUCUCGACGAACCAACGAACCACUUGGACAUUCCAGCAAAAGAAAUGCUGGAAGAGGCUCUGCAACACUUUGCUGGGUCGGUGAUAGUCGUUUCGCAUGACCGAUACUUCAUUUCCAAAGUUGCCACAACCAUUGUGGCGAUCGAGGAUAAGAAUCUCUUCAAGUACCAAGGAGACUACAAGACAUACAUGAAUGCGAGCAAAGACAGAAAAGAAAAGAUAGAAUCUCGAUAUGUCCCAGGAGCUGACAAGAUUGGAUCUGCGCCAGUCGUCGAUUUAGAGGAACUGACCAAGCCCAAACGAAAUUUUGGUGGAGCAAAGACUGCAGGUAUGGUUACCAGGAAAAAUAAAGGUGUCAAGAAUGCCAAGCGCGCGCGGCCUACAUAG